AUGGUAACCAAACCUCCCUCGUACCCAAUCAAGGGUAUCAACACCCUCGAUCCCCAAGGCCGCCGUCCUGUCCGCAAGAACAUCGACGACUGGUACAAGGAGCAGACCAUGGAUGACAAUUCACAGAGGAUCCAGUUGACCCUCUUCGUCGAGGCUUUAGCCAUUGUCCAGGCCCUGCCUUUUGAGGAUGUACGCUCCUGGUUUCGCAUUGCGGGCAUUCAUUCUCAACCCUGGGUGGCGUGGGACAAUGCGAGUGCUCCCAAGGGGCCGAAAGAGGUCCCAAAAGAUAGAGUGCCUGGAUACUGUGUCCACAAUGAUUACACGUUUCCGACAUGGCAUCGGGUGUAUGUGACUUUGCUUGAGCAAGUCCUCCACGAAGCGAUGAAUGAAUUUAUUGAUAAGAACGUCCCAGAUCAGUGGGAGACAGAGUGGCGAAAUGAAGCCAAGCAGUGGCGUCUGCCGUACUGGGACUUUGCCAGAUUCGCCAAUAAGCCGGAGGUGGAAGUGCCUGAAGGAGCGGUUGGUGAACUCAGACUCCCCAUCCUGCUUGUAAAGCCGAACGUCGAGAUUCGUUCUGUUUCGAAGAACAAAACGACAGUCGAGACCAAAACUGUGGCAAAUCCUUUCUACAAAUACACCGCGCCCAAGGUGAUGGGUAAACUGGACAGUCCAUAUAAGAUCCAGACUGAGACACGCACAAAAACAGACCAUAAUGGAAAGUCAACAUCAUGGACCAUUCCUUGGGACAAAUGUAUCUCAACCACCAAGUACGGCCUUCUAGAGGGUUAUCACGUCGACAUCUGGGCCGACGGAGGUCAGAACUGGCUUCGCUCUAACCUGGCACUGAAUGAACAUGCCUGGGGUCCUCAGCCAGCCAAGCCACAACAGACAGUGCAGUUCAUGACUUGGAAGUUGUUGCAGCAGAAUGGUGGUCCCACCAGCUGGACGGCUUUUUCCAGCACCCGAUACUGCAGAUCUCACGAUGAAAAGCCGGAGUACUGGCUGUCUUUGGAAAUGAUCCAUAACAACAUCCAUGCCUUUGUUGGAGGAUCGCAAUUCAUCCGUCCUGAUGAGAAGCAUAUGAAGCUCUGGGGUAUGGGACACAUGGCCAGUCCUUUAGUUGCAGCUUUUGAUCCCAUCUUCUUCAUCUAUCACUGCAACAUCGACCGCCUGACAGCCAUCUGGCAAUUCUUGAAUCCAACCAAGUGGUUUGACGGCGAUAGUGCAAGCGCCCUUAACAACGAUCUCCUGCCAUUCUCCAAGAACGACAAACACGAGACUUACAAAUCCGAAGAUGUGAAGGACUGGCGCAAACUUGGAUACGACUAUGAGAUUCUUCAGGAUAAAAAUGACCACAAUCAAGAACACAUCAAGCAGGUCAAAAAGGACAUUGAUACUCUCUACUCGAAGCGGACUAGGGCCCUGUUCCCUGGCUUGGACAAGGAGGAAAGGGAUGAAAGUGACUAUAUCAUCACUAUUUACUACAACCGCUACGCUCUGAAUGGCGAGCCUUACAAGAUCAACCUCUUUGUCGGUGAGAAACCGGAAGAAGACUUCAUCGGCCCCGGAAGCAAGAACUUUGUCGCCAGUAUCUACAGCUUCAGUGCUCCUUUACCUGCAGACGGGGAUGGUGGAUGCGGAAACUGCAAGCAACAACAGAAAGAGGGCGUCAGGUCUGUCGCGCAAGUUCCUGCCACGUUUGCCGUCGACAAAUUUGCAAAUGAAGAUGCCGGUCACCCGAAAGACAACGUGUGGUUUGUGGUGGUCGACAGUCUGGGACAGCAAGUGGAUCUCAAAAGACUUGGCUCCCCGAUUGAGGCGACGCUGCAUCGUGCUGAGAAGGCAACCUUCUUGCAUGAGGUCGAUGAUAACAGCCCGACAGACUAUGAGAAGAUAGGAGAUGGCAAGCAAGUCGUCUAUGGUGAGGCUACAACCUCUUUCAGAUAA